GCAAAAACUGAGGCUGUGACAUUGUCAGAUGAGAAGAAGGCCUAUGAGGCCGAAGUGGCAGAUCUCAAGGCACGCCUGGCCGUGGUGGAGCAGCACUUCAAAACUUCCGAGGCCAAACCGAUGGAAACCGAGAAGGCCUUGUUGGAGGAAAAGGCUAAUCAUGAUGCAGCUCACAAAGAAUGUGCUGAGACCCGCGAACUGGUAGGUCGGCAAAAAGAUGCUCAUCAGGCCGAGAUGGCCAAACUUGAAAGGGAGAAGUCGUCUUACGGUGAGUUCAUGUAUGAGAACGGCUUUCAGGCCGGGAAGGAUUCGGUUGUCGCUGAACCGAAGUCUGGGGAUGAUGCCGAGAUAGAAGUUGCCGAGGUCGGUGAAGAUGAUGAAGCCGGCGGUCCUGACCUCGAGAUUGAAAUGAACACCUGCCUGAAUCUGAGAUGGAUCAUUGAGCGCUAUGAUGCCGGCUACUACGAUAUUGACGACCUUCGCUUGUUUCUUUUCCAUAAAUUGGAGAAGUAUGGAUUUGACUCAGAGAUAAAGGGAAUGCAUGUGGUGGCUGAUGAAGAUGAACAGGAUUUCU